CCGUCAGUUGGCGCCGCUCCAUUUUUCACCUCCUCGUCGCGCCCGACGUCGUCAACGAUCCAUACCGGACGCACACCAUCACCGUCCGUGCCUUUUCCUGAUCUUCCAUGUCUGAACCGGAAUUGGCGUACAUGAUGACGGACUCGAACGACGGCUUUGAUCUUCCCCGCUGGCAGUCCGAUAUCGACCCGCUCUCUUCCUCCGCCCAGGCCGCGCACGCUGCCCAGGCCUCCUACCUCUACUCACCCGGCGGUGCCCAGCAGCCGCAGCAGCAGUUGUCCGCGACUUCGCCCCAGCGCCUCCACGCGUCUCCCCCAAGCUCGUCAUCGCGCCAGCCGCCGCGCAUCUCUCAGAUCAUGGAGCAGGGACAGCCGAUGUACUUGGGCCAGGGGCUUGGUCAAGGCCAGCUCUCCCGCAGCGCUUCCCUUGGCGCAAGCGCGCACCGGGCCCCGCGAAGACAUCAUCAGCCAGACGAUCUGGAGGGCGCCUUUCACGGCGACGGCCAGGGCAUGGGCACGCAGCGUCAGCAGAUGCAGGGAUCCCAGAACGCCUUCUAUCCCCCUGCCAUCGGAUAUCCAGCCCAAUCGUCCCUCACCGCCCCGAACUCUGCCGUCAACACACCUUUGGCGCCCCCAGAGGCGUACGGAGACAUGUACUAUGCGGGCGGAAACGCGCCACCAAAGUCGGCCCCCGAUCCAGGAGCUGCGUCAAACUCGUCACCGUACUCGCCCGCAGGACCGUACGCCUACCCAUCCCAACCCGAUCAGCGCCAGGGCUACCACUCCCACUCCCGGACGCACUCUAGCGUCAACGUAAAACGCGAACCUAUGACGCCUCCCGUCGCAUCGCCGUACUCCCCGCAGAAUCCCACGCAGAAAUCGUCUGGCGUGUAUUCGCCGGCCGGUUACUCUAUGGAGACGACCAGCCCGGCCCCGGGCAUGCAAUCGGCGCUCGGUGUGCACACGCCCAUCAAGCAGUCCUUGUCCAGUCCCACCACGCCGCUUUCGUUCAUGAAUCAGCCAGGGAGCGCGUCCUACUAUCAGCAGGACAACGCCAUGGUCGUUGAUCCUCCAUCACAUAAGCGACGCUCGCAGGGUCUUCGUCGGGUAAAUGGUGCGAGCGAUCUGCAGCCGCGACUGGACGUCCCGCCUGCAGGAAGAAGAAUGGCGGCUGAUGGGACAUAUCUCUCGCCCCUUCGUCAGCUCACUAC